AUGUCUUCAUCGCAUAUGAAGGAGAACAAUGCUGUGGAUGGGGGUGCCGGCACGUCCCCGAUCCUCCGGGAGACCCUGGACAUGGUCUCCCAGGAGUGCCCGACGCGGCUCGCCAUGCCGGCCAGCGAGCUUCUCGCCAAGGCACCCACCGCAGACGACUUUUUCGAUGCCAUUGCGGCCGAAAGACUAAGACGCAUGCCUCCUGAUGGAAGCCGUUUGGACGGGGCUCUCCGCCGCGCGUCUGGCUUGGCUUUUGCUGUUGCUUCGCUGCGGGACUCGGUCUAUAGUUUCAUCGAUGGAGCCGACGAGGCAAGCAAAAUGAUUUGGGGUGCAACUCUCGUCUUGCUUGAGAUGGGUAUGGAACACAUCGAGAUCCUGGACGGGAUCUUCGGCCAGUACGGCCGAAUCUUCGCCCACCUCCUUCAGUUGAUCAUGCACAUCACGAUGGAAUACCGCCAGGCUGCGCGCACCCAGAGCUGGCAAGCAAUGGGCGAGACUGUCAACAGCGCCUUCUUCUGCUACUUCAAUCGUUUCACGACCCACUGGCGUCGCAUGUCAGCAGUCGCCUUGCAGACUGCGGCUCCCAAUCAAAAGACUACAAUCAAUUACUCCGCCGUCUACCAGUUCCUGGAGCUGCAGGACCGUCCCUUGCAGAUGUUGGUUGACGGCCAUAAUCAUUCAUUGGUGGACGACUCUUUCGCCUGGUUCGACCCGCACCUGACAACCUUUGCUGUUGGACCACGCAACCUUAUGUUGGUGCUGGGCAACCCAGGCGCUGGAAAGAGCGCAAUGACCCAGUGGACAGUAGAGAAACUUCAGGUGUCGCCCGAGUUCGAUAUCUGGAACGUCAUCCCUAUCUCUAUUCGGGCAGAUGUGCCCAUAACCACCCUGAUGUUGAGCAUUCUGAAGGGCAUUUUGAUGCAGAUGCUUGAUCGCUGUGUGAGCAGCCGCAAGACGCAGGAGUCGAUCUUCGCGUCCGUCGAAACUGCUCUGGAGCUGGCCGUGACUGGGGCUUCCGAUCCACAGGUGGAAGAACAACUCUGGUCCGCGAUCCGCAUCGGGAUGGAAUCGAACCUUCAUUUCAUGUUUGUGAUUGACGGAAUUGACCAAAUCAAGCACGCGGACCAGAAUGUUGGCGUCUUCCUUCAACGCCUUCAUGAUGCUGUGUCUACGCACAACACGCCGUCGAAGGUGAUUGUGUUCAGCCGGCCACUGGACGCUGCGCACAUGCCUACUCGCGACACCAAUACUAUCCAGGAAAUAAAGAUGGAGCCUUCUCUCACUAAGCCUGAUCUCGAGGCGACUGUGGCAGACCUGAUGGCUUCUGAUCCCGCUUUGUCCGGACUGGAAGAUAGUCAACGGGACACGCUGGCCAGGGCUAUUGUUCCAAAGGCUGAUGGUUGCUUCGUUUGGGCACAACUCGCCGUGGAGGCGCUCCGCCAUCAGUCUACGCUGAACGAAAUGGCUUUGACGGUCGAGCAGGCCCCAACGACCCUGGGUGACUUGAUCGACAAGCAUCUGCGCAGCAUCAAUUUGAACCGCGUUGGAACCCGGAGUGUGCUCGCCUGGCUGACUGCUUCGGAGCGUCCGCUUCGCAUCCAGGAGGUCGAGAAUCUACUCGCUGUCGAUAUGAAGUCGUUGAAGAUUGCAUCUCGUCAACCUAAUAUUGAACGCGAUGUCUUCCAGCCGCUCAGCCGACUCGUAUCCGUCCGCGACGGAUUCGUUGGGUUCCGCCACCCUCUGGUCCGCGAGCACAUCCAGGCUCGUGCGUUGAUGGGCCAGGAAGUUCCGUAUUCGCUCUCCGAGGCCCAUUACGAUUUGCUCAUUCGUUGUCUGGCCUGGGUGCGCCGGUCGGUUUCGGACGAAGUCCCCAUCUCCUGGGACAAACUGCCUGUUGCUGCGCGGGACCGCUAUUUGGAUGCUUACGUGCCUCUGGAGUAUACGGCCCGAUAUUGGCUUUCUCACAUGUUGGCUUCGCCGAUCGCAACCUCGAAGCGCGAGCUCUCGUUCACUACGCAGUUCCGCCAGGCCUUCCCUGACUCCGUGCUCUUUGCGCAACUGGAGCUGACCAACCGAGAGUCUCAGUUUAGCCGCUCAAGCAUUGUAGAGCUGUAUCGCUUGUCCGUUGCGGUCCGUCGCGUCAUCUUGGGCAAUGACUCUCCUGCCUUGCUCCAAAGCCUCAUCCUCAGCGCGCGCGCGGCUGACUACGCCAAGACCAUGUGGGCUAAUGACCAUUUGUAUGAGGCCUGGACUAUGAGUCGGACCCAGCUUGGGCCGACCGACACUAUCACGCGCGAUCUGGAGCAGCUUCUUGUGGCAACUCCCGGCGGCAUGGGCAAAGCCGAUCCCACUGCGGGCCUGAAGACCGAUGCAUUGCGCGAUAUGACGCUGUCUGGUUGGAGCUCGACCGACAUCAGUUUUGCCCAGCGUCUGCAGUAUCUGGAUAGCUUGGUGAAAUCCUACCAGGACAGCCAGCGGAACGACGACGCAUAUGCGACAUCCAAGCAGUUCUAUCACCAGACCGUGCAACAUUACGGCCCCCAUUCGUCCGAGACAAUGCAAGCCGCCGACUUCCUCACUCAACACUUUAACAUUGCACCACCAGACGAACUGGCUUUGGAACUUGCGCGUACGAAGUACGAGACUUUGAUGCGCUCAAUGGAUGCGACCGAUCCACGCCUUGUUGCCUUCUCUCUGAACCUCGCCCGGAUGUACGAGGAGAACAACCAAUCGGCACAGGCACAGGCGGUCUUGACGCGCCUGUGGGCUAGCUUGUCGACGCGUGAUGCGGGGACCACUUCAUCUUGGGACCAGAAAACCAAGGUCGCAUUCUACUAUUCACAAUUCCUCCGUCGCCAAGGUCGCCCCGACGAGGCUACCCAUAUCAUUCGGGAGCUCUCGGCUGAUUUGGAGGCGGACGGUGGCGUGAGAUCGGCUGAAAUGGUGGGACGUGCCGAACAACUGCGUGCAGAGGCCCGAGAAAUGGGAAUGGACGACAUGGACCGCGCGCUGGCCUUGCAGAUCUGGAAGUAUUACCAGUCCACCGGCCAACAAUACUCGCCUGAAGCAGUUGCUAUGGCAGAGUACCUUUCUGGCCACCUCCUCUCCCCCCGUGCAGUUGACAGCGUUGGCGCACUCUCUCCGGCUGACAGGGAACUCCUGCCUGGUUGGAUCGACUCAAUUGCUUCUGCAGGGCCCGCCCAACGCACCCUGCCGCUGCUCACAUUGUGCCAUCAGCUGGCAAUGCAGCACAUCCGCGACGAGGAAUGGGACCUGGGUAGCAAAACUGCUUGGGCUGUCCUCAAGCAUGCGUGGCCUACUGUGGAAGACCCCCAAUCCAAGUCCAAGUUUGCGUCCAACGAGGCCCCGAUUAUGGCCAAUCUGGCAUUGGACCGCGCGUAUUGCCAGUUCCGACAGCUGGAUGUGCACGCUGCGACCGUCGUUUAUGGCAAUGCAUUCAAGGCGUCGAUUACUGCCGAUCAGGUGGCGGUGCCAUCCGUCAGCGCUGUGGUGAAGACGGUUGUGGAGUUUUAUGAAACCACCUUCCAGUUUGAAAAGGCUCUCGUGCUACUCCACCAAGUCAGCGAGUUCUUCGGAUCACGUCUGGGUGACAACGACAAACACACCAUUGAUACGCGAUACUACGAGGCGGACCUCGCCCUUCGUCUGGGCCGACGCGGUGAAGCCGAGGAUAGCUAUCGGCACAUCUACAAGGGUUGCCUCCGUGACGGCAAGAUUAGUGCGACCGGCGUGCGCGCUGCCGUGGCUCUGGUUACGCUUUACGAGCAGGACAAGCAAUGGGACUCUGCCUUGGAGGUUUAUCGCCAUCUUUGGCCUACCCUUGUUCGGUACGACGAGCGGGACGGCUAUGACCGUGCGUUGCUGGAAGGCCUGCUUCCGAAAACCUACAGGGGCUACAUGGCGGUUCUGGAAAAUGCGGCGAAUACCGGCUUCGCCGAACGCUACCAGGUAGCCUCGCAGCACCAGCAGCUCUGCCGUAAGUUGUACGGACCGACGCACAACCGUACCCGCGACGCGACUCUCACCCUGGCUGCCCUCUGCGCUACUAGCGAUCAACAUUCCGGCGAGGCGGUGACCCUCUACCAACAGGUCUUGAAUACCCACGACUGGGUUUCGUCCUCGGAAGCCUCGCGUGCUUUGCCCGACAUGACCGAGCCUUUGCCCGUGAACAUCAAGCACCAGAUGGCCCAGCUUUAUCUGCGCGAGAAUGACACCUCUAGUCAUGCGCGGUCCCUGUACCUUGAGGAGCUCACGCUGGCCAAGCAACAACAAGGUCUCUCUGCUCCCACCACGUUGCUGUGGCUCCGCCAGAUCGCCAAGAUGCACGCAGCACAAUCGUCGACCACGGCGCGCCAGGAAGGAGCAUCCUUGCUUCGCAACUAUGUGAAUGAGGUGGUCCAUGUUACUGCCAACCACGAUGCCCUCGUUGACCGUGCUCACCGACUGGCGGAGAUCUACUUGGAGUGUGGUUACAUCGACGAAGGUAACCAGCUGAUCAAUGAUCUUCACUAUGAGGUGAUCCACAAGACGCCGAUGUCGCAACGCCAGGCUUUGAAUGAUUACCGCCCCGCCGUUUUCGUAGCCGCCUUCGAGGAAGUCUUCGGCAAGAAACGGUCCUACCGCGAGAUUCUUGACGACCUCUCGCGCGAGGGUCAGGUUUACAAUACGUUCCAGCAGAGCCUGUCCAGCCACGACCUGAUGCCUACGCUGGCUGCUGGCGAGAAGCUUUAUCGGCUCCAGAUGGAGCAGAAGCGCAGCACGGCGGCACAGGGCACCCAGGACCAGCUCUACACCUACUUCUGCAACAGCCUGUCGGUCGCCCAGGACCUACGGAAGAAGGAUGCCGUGUAUCAAUUCUAUGCACUCUGCCGUCGCGAAUCCCUGCAUGACGACUACAAUAUCAACAUUGUCACUUCGACGACGGGCAUGGUUCGCGAGCUGUGUGACCGGUCGCGGUUCCAGGACGCGGCGGAUGUGACCGGCGUGUACCACUCGUUUCUUCACUUGACCGACGGGCUGCGUACUUCGGAGAGCAUCUUCACGUCGAUCAAACUGUGCCUGUAUCUGAAUGGGUACCAGACCAACAAAUGUCCGGACGAUAUGACGGCCAAGAACAUGUCCCUCGCGUCGCAGAUGCUUCUCCAGGAGAUCAUGAGCAAUGCCAAGGAGAUGCCUCUGGAAUUCUCCGAGCUGCCGUUUGAGGAGCUGAACGAUCUGGUUACCGUGCUUGGUGAGCAUGAGAUGUUUCACGAUCUGGAGGUAUGGUUCUUCUCCUUCUUCUCCAUUCCAUAUGCGUAUGAGUGCAACACUGACCUGUCCCAGCCGAUUCUUACCGAUUUGUGGACCUCGCGCAUCGUCCAGAAGACCUGGUCCCUGCCGGCCGUUGUGUGGAUUGGCCGUCGCCUGGUGGAAACGCGAUUCUGCCGCGGCAAUGUCCGGUCGGCCACACAGCUGGGCAAGGACAUCUGCUACAACCUGCGCCAGGUGUGGGGCAAUUGCGACCCGGUGACGCUGGAGAUGACCAAGCUGCUGUCCGGUCUGUACACAGCGUCCGGCAACCACCUGGCGGCGGCGGCGUUGCACGAGACGGCGCUGGCGGAACUGUUGAACAACGACGAGCACCAGGAAGGGGCCAUCGAGGCCGCCACGAGCCACUUGGAGUGGUUGCAGCACGCCCAGGCUCGUCUGGCCAAGGAAGGUCAGGGACAAGCGAUUGACUCGGCGGCGACGCACGAACGGCUGCAGGAGAUUGCGACCAAGUUCGGCCUGUCGAGUUCGCAGCUGGAGGCGACGGCUGCGACCGACGAGACGGCCAGCGUGUGGCACCGGCCGCGUCGGUUCAGCCUGGAUGUGGAGGAGCCGGAGAUGCAUCACAACCAUCUACGGCAGACGAGUGGCUCGGCGUUGCUGAAUGGCAAUGCGGGAGCCAAGCGGAUCUCGAUUUCUGCACUGUAG